AGUGGAAAGAGAGAGAGAGAGAGAGAGAGAGAGAGAGAGAGAGAGAGACAGGGGUGCAUUUCGAGCGGAUACGAAAGAGGCUCGCGGCGUCAGCCGAUGAUGGCCCACCAGAAUUCCUAACGAAGGGAGUAAUUUAAAGAUGGCCGCAUUUGCUAAAUACUACCAACGAUCGAGACGAUCUGCCAUUCCUCUUGACGUUAAUUGCUUUCCUCCGUUACAUUCCUUCCCUCCUUCUUCUUCUUCUUCUUCUCUGCCUCUUCAAAUCCAAUACCUCUCGUUUUCUUGGCAAUUCGUUUUCCCCGGGGAGAAGGGAGUCGAAAACCCAUUGCUCCUUUCCUGAAGCACCCGUUUCUCGACUCGGCCUCGAGCAUCGGAAUCGCGCGAUCUUGGAUCGCGCUCGCUCUUCUAAGCACCGAGUUGGGUUUUUUUUCUUGGAGACAGCUUGGAGAUCCGAAGGAUUGAAGCGAGCUUUGGCUCGGUUUGAUCACCUGGGUCGGGCUAGAUUUCUCUCAUGGGUUGGAGAUACAGGGCUGGUUUGUUCCUUAUAGCUGCGGUCGUAAUCAUCUGGGUUACCUCUGCUGAAGUCACCCAGGAUAUUUUUACAGAUUACAAGCAGCCAUUUGCAGUGACAUAUAUUGGAGCUUCUCUUAUGGUAGUUUACCUCCCAAUAGCAUUUCUCAAGGACUGGUUAUAUAAAUUACUUAAACAGCGCAGUUCGAAAGUGGGCAAACAUGCAGAAAGCACGAAUGAAACUUCUCCUGGAAUUAGUUCUCCCCUAAAAUAUAUUGGUGCACAGAAUGUGUUUGAAAUUGAAUCUGCUUUGCCCAGAAAAGAUAGUGAAGUUGACCUCUCACCUAAUGGAGAAACAAGUCCAUUGGUUCCUAAAAGAAAAGAUGAUAGGAAAAGGGAGCUAACAGCGAAGGAGAUUGCUAUCUAUGGAUGUUACAUUGCCCCUAUCUGGUUUGUAACAGAGUAUUUAUCAAAUGCAGCCCUCGCAAGAACAAGUGUUGCUAGUACGACUGUACUAUCAUCCACUUCAGGUCUUUUCACUCUGUUCAUCGGUGUCCUUUUGGGCCAGGAUUCUUUAAAUGUAUCAAAAGUUGUUGCAGUCUUCAUCAGCAUGGCUGGUGUUGCGAUGACAACUCUUGGGAAAACUUGGGCAGCUGACGACUCCAAAUUUAACACUUCUUUAAAUGGGAAACGCUCUCUUGUUGGGGAUCUCUUCGGCUUGCUUUCAGCUAUGUCGUAUGGGCUAUUCACAGUACUUCUCAAGAAGUUUGCCGGUGAAGAAGGGGAGGGAGUUGAUGUGCAAAAGUUGUUUGGAUACAUUGGAUUGUUUACCUUUGUAGCUCUAUGGUGGCUUGUAUUGCCGUUGACAGCAUUAGGGAUAGAGCCCAAGUUCAAAAUUCCCAAUUCUGUAAAAAUGGAUGAAGUUGUUCUUGCCAAUGGCUUAGUUGGAAGUGUCCUUUCCGACUAUUUCUGGGCAUUGUGUGUUGUAUGGACAACACCAUUAGUGGCUACACUAGGGAUGUCUCUCACCAUACCACUUGCAAUGUUGGCUGACAUGGUGAUCCAUGGUCGUCAUUAUUCCGCAAUUUACAUCCUCGGCUCAACUCAGGGGAUCUGACAUAUGCUUCACCUGACUUUUGGUUGAAAUUCUUUUAUGAACUCUCUACAUUGCUGUACAGCUACAUGGUGUCAAUCAUUAUCAGGGUCUAGCCCCAAAGUCCAUAAUUAACAAAAUACCUUUUGGAAGAACUAGUGUAAUUAUGAAAACCUGCCAAUGGAAAUUGAGGACCUUUCUUCUUGGUUGAGUUAUUAGAUGUCCAAAGCAUGACACACUUAUAAUUUCUUGACGACACCAUAUAGCUGAUAGGUUGUUUCCUGCUAUCUUAACAAGGAAGAGAUUGACAACAGUCCCUACUGUUUUAUUCUGGUAUUCCUGUGAUCAUUGGAGAGUUCCUGUCUAUUAGCAUUUAGUCAAUUGGAUAUCAAGGCAACAAAAUGGCUUUAUUUCAGAAAAGAAUUCGAUUUGUAACAUCAUGGCCAAUCAUGCAUCUGCAAGAAAAUUUACUGUCUUUUGUGCCC